AGAUCAAUUGUGCCGUGCUUAGACUAUCUAAAAGUUAAGUAUUUAAAAUUCAAAUAACACAAUAUAUAUUUUGGUAUAUGUUAGUGAAAAGAAAACGGCUUUAGAAUGUCUUUUGAUUUAAAUUAUAAGUGCUGGAUAGCUGCCACAAAAGAUAUCGGUCAACUGAUAAAAAAACAAAAUCGUUUAAAGUUAAUUAAUCCACCUGAAGAAAAAGCAAUAUCAUUUAAAAUAUUUUCCGAGCUCUAUGUGUUAUAUGUGGAACUUGUCAAUAAAUUAAGUUUCAUUUACUUCAACACAUUUCAAGUGCAGAAGCGACAAGUGGUUAAAACUCUCAUUGACAAUGCCACACAACAGUUGGUGCUACUCAAAGAUGAAUUAAAAGAAAUUGAGUUGAGCGAAUAUAUUUACAUUGACAAAGUAUUAAUUUCCAGAAAACUGACACCUCGUGAUCUAAUGAUAUGGAGGUCGCCGCAAUUUCUAUACCGUCGUCCGUUAGACAUUCAGAACAUAUUAACGGAAAACAAGUUGUAUAUGAAUAAUGAAGAAAAGGAAGAAAUGGAUGCAAAAAGCUGGAGUAAAGUUACCGAAGCAAUAGAACUUAUUCAGGCACAUGAGAGAGCUCGACGAGCUCGUGUAUAUAAGUCAAACCUAAAAUACGAUAAGAAGAAGUUCCUGGAAGUCCAUCAGAGGAAAAAAAUACACUAUAGAUUUACUUUUAAGCCAAAUCAAGCUAUGAGCAUUCCCGUUAAAAGGACUAUAUUUACCGCAGACUUUAUAAAAUCCGACGUGUCUUGUAAUGAUUUAAGAAGACGGGAUGAAAAUAUAGAAGACGCUCAUGACGAAUAUGAAAUGCGGAGAGUUUACGAAUUACGAAACGAAGCGGCGAGUAUAAUUCAAUCAUGUUGGAGAGACUACAAAGCAAAAAAGAUUAAUAGAAUAAAGCAACAAUUUAAAAAAGAAAUGUUAGGCACUAAAAAGCUACGGAAAUUAAAAAGGCCAAAUCAGUUUGAAAACUCGGUUCUCGAGAUGUAUAAGAAUGAGAAAAAGAAAGAGCAGCUUGACGAAGAAUUUGCAAAACUUAUUAUGGAUGAGCGAACACGUUUGCUUCAAAUGCGAACUCCAUGGAUGAUGGAAGAUAUUUCCGAUCAUAUUCGAGGUUGGUUUGAAGAAUUUUACACUAAAACGCUGAAUUUCCACCCCUAUCCGGAUCCUAUUAAAAAGGGUACAGUUUUAGUUGUCCUUGAUGAAACAAUGACACCAUUGGAAUUUCAAGAAACAAUUAAUAAGAAACCAAUGACAAAAGAGGAAAAGAAAAAAUUACUUGAUAAGAAGAGAGCGGAAAAAAGGAAAAUAAGGGAGAAAAUAAAAAAAAAGAAAAUAGCGGACGCUAAACGAAGAAAAAAAUUAAAAGACGCCGGAAUAAUUGAUGUUGGCUAUGUACUCGAAUCCAGCAAACCAAUUGCACAAAUAGAAGCUACGGUUAAGAAAUUUUCUAUUGAUUGGAGAAAUAUUGAUGAAUAUCUAAACAAGAAUCACGACCCGAUUAAAAGUUGGGUUACCGAAGAACAGUUAGUUACAAUACAUCAAGAAUUGCGGCAGUUGGUUGAUGAAUAUAUGCGGGUUGAAUAUGAAUUACUGAGAAAUGCUUUGGCUAUAGAUCAGAAGGUCCCUUAUAAGCCCAAAAACGUAAAAAGGGCUAAGCCGAAGAAAACGAAGAAGAAGAAAAAACCGGUUGACCCCACAGAAGACAGAACUCUCAGUUCAUUAUAUCAUGAACUUAAAGAUGCGACCGUUAUUGAAGAAGUUUCUCAUAAAAACUUUGAUGAAUUCAUAGCUGACUUUAAUUUUUUGGCAGAUGACACUAGAGAUGACAACAACUUAACCACUGUUGGCCCUGCAAAGGGAGAUAUCAAAAUGGUUAUACAGGAGAGUAUGUUGGGAAUGAGUGAGUUCGAUAUACCGAAGCCAAAGUCAAUUUUGCUUGUUGGACCACUAAACAGUGGAAAAAAAUUGCUGUGCAAUAUAAUUGCAUCUGAAUUGGAUGCUAUUUUUAUAAAUAUUAGUCCAGAAAAAGUUUAUAAGUACGCUGACGACCUAAAUAUGUUUUUACACAUCGUUAUGAAAGUAGCAAAGGCAUUUCAACCAACUAUAUUGUUCAUUGAAGAAGCUCACCGCGUCUUUUUUAAAAAAGUUCCGCCUGAUCAAAAGCCUAUCAAGCCAACACUCCUCGGUCCGCAUAUUCUUAAGAAAAUCUUAAGGCCAAUCAAGAAGACUGACAAAAUUGUGCUUCUCGGCACAAGUAACAUGCCGUGGGCUGCCAAACCCCCUCUCAAAAAAGCUUUUCAAAAAAUUAUGCUUAUUUCGAAAUGCGAUUAUGGUACUAGCCUGCUGCUUUGGUUAGAACUGAUGACAGAAAAUGCGCCUGAUGAUUUAGAAAGCUAUACAUACUCAGCACUUGCGAAAACUUUACAAGCGUAUAACUCUGGUGACAUAGCUAACAAUAUAGCCGACACAUUAAAUGUGGAAAGAAAAAUGCGGCUUAGAUCUGAGGCCUUAGACCCAAGGGAGUUUUUGGAAUAUUUUUUGACUGUAAGAGAUCCGCCAAAGUUCCCACUCGAACAAAAGAUUGUGGAGAAAAUGAAUAAAUGGUUUGGAAGAUCAGAUAAAUUCCAGAAAAUAAGAAACAGUAUGGCCUUGAAGGCAGCUAAAAAAAAAUAAAUAAAACUUAUAGAAUUUUCGCAAUUAAUAUAUGAAA